UUUUAUUGGCACGACCGCGAAUCAAGAAGUGCUGUGUGUUGUCGAGACGCAUAAAGACGUGUAGGCCUAUAGAGUCUAACAGUUAAAAAAAGUUCUGCUUAUUCUGAUUCUUGAGGCAUUGGUCCAAGAUCCAUACUGCUAUCCUGAUGGCAUCAGAAUGUGAAAACAGUUGUCAAGAAGUUGGGGAUCCUCCUUGUCAGAAGGAGAAGAUUGAUCAGUGGGUCAAAGAUGGUGUUGAUUUGGUCUCUCUGAUGCAUGAAGGAAAGGUUAGCAACGUGGAUGAUGUGAGACAAUACCUCGCCCUUUCAAACAAUCCCGCUUGUGUGGAUAAACCAAAUGGAGUAGGACAAACACCUUUGAUGAUUGCCUGCAGGAAUAGACAGAAAGACAUUGCUAAUCUCUUAUUGGAAGCUGGAGCUGACCCUAACCUGACUUGCACUUAUUAUGGUUGCACUGCACUUCAUUAUGCCUGCGAAGGGGAGAAAAGUCUAAUAAUACAGUGUAGAGAGGAACCAAACUACCCUCAACGUGAGCUCGGUGACAUCUUAGAGAUUGUGGAAGCACUUGGCAAUCAGGGCGCAGUUCUAAAGAUGAAUGAUAAGGGGUUGAGUCCAGUUUGUGUUGCAGCUUUGAACAGUUUCAAAGAUGUUGUGGAUUACUUUGCUUCCAGCUCUGUUAUUUCAAUGCCUGUUGAUGUCAAGGUUAAAGCAUAUGAACUGUUGGGAGUUUCGCAGGCAAUCUUUGAUAAGCACCAUGCUAUGGAUGCGUGUAAGUCAUUUCAUCUAGCUGCAUCUUUUUGUUCUUCUGAGGAUAGCAAUGGAACACCUUGCCAUGUUACCUCUGAUCUUGAUGCCUGGUUUGUUAAUUUGAUGGACAAAGAGAAUCCAAGUGACGAUGAUAUGUUUGUGGUUAAAGCAAAAGCCAUCGUCAUUGGUUUGCAUUGUCUUUCUGAUGAAACCAGAAAUGAACAUGACUUCUACGACACCUUGGCUGAAUACGGUCAGCUAGCAUUGUUUGAAGGCAAAGCUCCACAAGAAGGAUAUGAGAUGCUUCGAGACCAUAUACACGGAGAGAUGACGGAUGAAUACACAACAAUAGGGACAGUGAUGGAGAUGAUCAGGGAUGCAUUAGAACCUGCUCUAUGUACCCGUCGUGGUGAAUCUUCAAUGUUAAAACAUAUCAUCAAACUGUUGGAUACCUAUGCUGAAGAAGUUGAUGCAGAUAGCAGUGAGCAGCUAGAUGUGUGGGAAGUAGUUGAGGUUCUUGGCAAUGUGAUGUUUGGGUUUACAUAUUAUCACUCUCAGACAAAAUACUUAGAGUCCAGUUUUCCAUCUGUGGUGCGUGUUUUCAACUGUCUCAAAAAAAUUGCUACAGUUUAUGAUGCAGGGAUGGAGAAGUCAAUUCUGGCAGUGUUUAUGGAUAAGUUGGCUCAAACAAUGUGGGAAGAUAUGUACUGUGGCCAGAGCAACGAGACAAAGAAACGCUUGAAGUAUACUAUCUGUCGGCUCCUCCACUACAUUGGCUUUGAUCCAGAUACAGAUACCUUCUUGUUAGACACCUUCCUUCAAGUUUUCCGUGUUGCUUAUGAUACAGAGUGGAUACUCUCCAUUGCUCAUGUGUUGAUCCGUUAUGGUUGUGACACUUCAAGCGUUACGCUUGUGGAUGUGGAUGAAGAUGAUGAAGAUAUGCCAUUACUGAAGGAACUCUUAAGUCCAUCCACUAGUCCUCUCACACUUGAGGAGCUUUCUGCUCGGGCAUUACUCUGCUAUAGGAUACCAUACAGAGAGAGACUUCCUGAUAUCCUGUGUGAGAAAAUAGAAGGAGAAAAGCUGCAUCCAGAUCGUUCUGAAUUGUAUUCUUCACCAGAAAAUUCUGAUUCAUUCUUGAGGCCUUUGUCUGAUAUCGUCAUCCUGAUGGCAUCGGUCAUAGAAAGCGGUUGUCCAGAAGAUGGAAAUUGUCAUAUUGAUGAGUGGAUCAAAGAUGGUGUUGACUUGGUUUAUCUCAUUGAGCACAGACAGUGUAAUGUGGAUGUUGUGAGACGGUACCUUGCUUCUUCAGCUGAUCCUUCUUGUGUUAACAGAUGUAAUCAUUCGGGACAAACACCCCUGAUGAUUGCUUGCAAGUAUAGACAGAAAGACAUUGCUAAUAUCUUGUUGGAAGCUGGAGCUGACCCUAACCUGACUUGCACUGUCAAUGGUAGCACUGCACUUCACUAUGCCUGCGAAGAGAAUGGAAAUCUCAUUAAACAGUGUAGAGAGGAACCUAACUACCCUCAAUUUGACCUUGGUGACAUCAUAGAGAUUGUGGAAGAACUUGGCAAUCAGGGUGCAGUUCUGAAGAUGAAUGAUGAGGGAUUGAAAGCAGUUUGUGUUGCAGCUUUGAACAGUUUCAAGGAUGUAGUGGAAUACUUUGCAUCCAGCUCUGUUAUUUCAAUGCCUGUUGAUGUCAAGGUCAAAGCAUAUGAGCUUUUGGGAGUUUCGCAGGCAGUCUUUGAUAAACACCAUACUAUGGAUGCCUGUAAAUCAUUUCAUCUAGCAGCAUCUUUUUGUUCUUCUGAGGAUAGCAAUGGAACACCUUGCCAUGUUACCUCUGAUCUUGAUGCCUGGUUUGUAAAUUUGAUGGAAAAAGAGAAUCCAAGUGACUCUGAAAAGUUUGAGGUCAAGGCAAAAGCUUUCAUCUUUGGUAUGCAGUGUUUGCCACAUAAAACCAGGGAUAGACAUGAUUUCUACAGAGAAAUGAGUGAAUGUGCCCGAAGCGCUUUGUUUAAGGGCAAAGCUCCACAGGAUGGAUACGAAAUGCUUUUAAACCUUAUUCAUAGGGAGAUGUCAGAUGAUUACCCUCUGGGAUCUGUAAUGGACAUGAUACAACAUGCACUAGCACCCAGGCUGCAUCCUCUGCCACGCAUAUUUAAAUAUGUCAACAAACUAUUGGAUGCGUACGCUAAUGCAUUUACAGCAGAUACUUGUAGCACCCAGUUGAAAAUAAGGAAAUGGGAUAUUGUUCAGAGCCUGGGUGAACUGAUGUUCAAUUAUUCAUAUUAUCACUCAUCAAAAUAUCUGGAAUCUAGCUUCCCAGCUGUGGCCACAAUCAUCAACUGCAUCAAACAGAUAUCUGCAGAGGACAUUAUGGGAGAUUGUGGAAAGGUGUCAAUCCUUGAAUGUUUUAUUGAUAAGUUGGCUGAAGCCAUGUGGGAAGAUGUAUACUCUGGUCAAAGCAAAGAAACCAGAAAUAGGUUGAAGUUUACAAUCUGCAGACUCCUCCAUUUCACUGAUUUUGAUCCAGACAUAGAUCCAUCUUUACUUGACACAUUUCUCCAAGUUGUUCGUGUUGCUUAUGACAUGGAGUGGAUACUCGCUGUAUCUUGCGUAUUGAUCCGUUAUGGUUGUUCAGCUGGAGCUGUUACCCUUGAUGAGGGUAUAGAUGAGGAUGAUCCUGGAGUACAGGAACUUCUUACACUCUUAAGCCCACCCACAACUCCUGUACCUCUUGAGGAACUGGCUUCUCGGGUAAUUCUCCGAACAAGGAUACCUUACAGAGAGAGGCUUCCCGAUGUCCUGUGUGAGAAAAUAGAGGGUGUAAAGCUAUCCCCCGAUCCUUCUGAAAUGUAUUCAUCCCCAGAAUUUGAUGCAGAUUAAAUCAUGAGAAAUUUGUUAUACUUGUUUUUAAUGGACAUCUAUAAGUACAAAUGGUUUAAUAAUCGCAAAAAAAAAUGUGUCUUCUGCCUUCUUUGACCUCAAAAUUUUCAUCAAGAUGAUCAAGUAAGAGUAGUUUUUAGUCAUCCGUGUAUGUCUCUAUUUCAUAAAAAUUACAGAAAUAUGGUUAUUGGAUCCUUGCAAUUUCUGAUAACUUCUUUUUUUUUUCAUUUUGUUGAAACCAGGGUGUU